CCACACCCUGCCUUCAGCAAGAUGUGGCACCUCAAGCUGUUGGCGGUGCUCAUGAUCUGCCUGCUGCUUGUGGGCCAGAUUGGGGGCUCCCCAGUACCAGAGCUGAGCUUGGCAAAGAGGCGGCUGCGGAGGAUGACCCCGUUUUGGAGAGGGGUCUCCCUGAGGCCCAUUGGAGCCUCGUGUCGGGACAGUGCCGAAUGCAUCACCAGGCUGUGCAGAAAAAGACGUUGCUCCCUAAGUGUGGCCCAGGAAUGAUGGAUACUCUAGGGAACAGGCCAGCCGUCCCCUCCGACAAGACUCCAUCCUAUGGGAUGUUGGUUAAUGAUGCUCUGGCGGGAGAUCCCCAGGUGAAGCAACCUGGGUGUUUUAAUAUUCAAAGACAGAUGUUUUAAAUUGGUCUCCAUCUCUUUUUACAAUGUUGUUGUGUGGAUGAGUGUUAAAUAAGCUUUGCACUUUAGAGUUUAUUUUUCUACAAAUAUUAUUAAAUGUCUCAUUGAAACUGGAA